CUCACAGCUUAUUCACCAAGGCUUUUAUUUGUUAAUCGAAAGGAUAUUAGAAAAGUUUGGACGAGUAGCAAGAACCAAACUAUCAUUGUUCACGGUUUGGACGAUGCCAUCGCUGUGGACCUUCAUUAUACAAAGGGAUUUAUAUUUUGGACCGACGUUACCUUGGAAAAAAUCAAGCGAAUUCGCGUCUCUACAGGAGAAAUCGAGGAUGUUGUUUCGUUGGGUUUGGGAAAACCCGAAGGACUCGCUGUAGAUUGGAUUGCAGGAAAACUGUAUUGGACCGAUGGAGAUGCGAAAUGGGAAACAAAUAGAAUAGAGGUCGCGAAUUUAGAUGGAUCCAAUCGCAAAGUUCUCUUUUGGAAAGACUUGGGUCUUCCGAGGGCAAUUGCUGUCGAUCCGUUAUUGGGGUAAGUGUGACUAAUUUUUCUAUUGCUAACUUAAAUACAUCGAUUUUUGUUGAUGGACUACUUCAUGCUGAAAUAUUCUGCGAUUUCACGGUGGUCGGUUGCUAGGGCUUUUUGCUCCCACACCUCUCAAAACUGAGAGUUUUAGGCCAUAGACAGAAGUAGAAUGCAUCGAAUGUAACAAAACUUGGCAAGGAAGUAAGUUGAUAAAUUACCUAUUUAUUGGUGUUUCUUUCAUCCCAUGUGACUUCUAUUGUGACGUCAUAAAUGAUGUCCAAAUUUGGGAUCAGAAAGAAAAUUCAGGAAAGAAAUGGUAAAAAUUUUACAUUAGUUUUCUGUUUAGAAUUCUAUGAUUUCUGGUGAAAACCCCAUCUCAAUCGGAUGAAAAGACGCAAAGUUACAUUUAAUUAAAGAAAUUCAAAUUUCCCGCCAAAUGACCAUAUAUGGUCAAACUUUAGGGGUAUUUUAACGCGAAAACAAUGAAGGUAGUCGCAACGGAGAAAAGACAAAUUUGCAUAAAAACAAAAUUGUAGUUUUUUGAGUUUAGGAUGUGUCGUCACGAAUUACGUCAUUUUGACGUCAUGUUGACGUAAUUUGUGACGAAAUACGCGUCAUAGCACUACAUAUGCCGAAUUCAAAAAACUACAAUUUUGCUUUUAUGCAGCUUUGUCUUUUUUCCGUUGUAAAUACAUUCACUGUUUUCACGUUAAAAUAUCCCUAAAGUUUGACCAUAUAUGGUCAUGAGGCGGGAAAUUUGAAUUUCUUUAAUUACCUGUAACUUCACGCCAUUUUAUCCGAUUGAGAUGGGGUUUUCAUUGUAAAUAUUUUUUUUCUGUAACAAAAAUGUUUGUAACAUUUUGAACACUGCUUAUCAAAUUUUUAACGUUGUUACUAAAAAUAGGUGUCACUUAUGACGUCAUACUUUCAAGAAAAGUCAAAAAUACCUUUACAAUUGUAAAAAUUUAAAGAAAACUUUUCUCCAAUUAAGAUGUUCUAAUGUUUUGCUUCAUUUGAAAUAUAAACUACACCUCUGUAAGCCAGAAAUUGAAUUUAAGAACCUAAUGGGAGCAAAAGCCCUAGCAACCGACCAUCGUGUUUCCGGAAAAGGAAUGUCCUUACAAAUUCUGUUUAUAAUUUCGAGAAAGGUUUUCCAAAUGGCUUUCACUUAAAGAGUUAAAUUCAGGUCGUAAGGAUUCAAGAGGUAAGUUAAUGAACUAUGCACAAUUAAAAAUACAUUAGGCUCUGAGCUUUAGUGAGCAAACAGUAAUCUAUCACCAUUUUGCUCACCCCAUUACUAUAUUUUUGUGUAGCUUUUUGCGAUAUUCUGGUUGGUUGUUAUGUAUUGAAAAGUCUGCUUAUUCAUAAACAUGUAGCUGGAACAUAUUCCAAGAUUCCAGCUUAAGGUAAAAUUCUGAGCCCUUGAGACCCUCUCAUCAUUUACCCUGGAACUUGAACUUACUUUAGUGGCGCUAAUGAGUGACUGCGGACCUGUCAAAAUUCUUAACGCAAGUAAUGGCUUUCCUUUCUGUAGAAAAUCUUUUAAAGUGCAAUAUCCAUUCACAAGUGUUACCAGGUCCCAUAUAGAGAAGACUUUGUUAAUAGUCUUGAACAAUGGAAAAGCCUUACAUUUCAUUUGAUCUUUUCUUAAAUCAGAACUCAAUGAAUGUUUUGUUGAUUAUCCAUGGUUACUUAAGAUUUAUUUACAUUGUCUAAUAACAGAGUGCAAAUUUGCUGCCCUAAAAAGGAAAGAAAAAUGUUUGAUUUGAGAUGAAUUCAGACUCUUGAAUACAGUGUAGUUUGUUUAAGUUUAAAGUUUCAGUGCCGGUUGUUCUUGUCUUUUUUUUUUAUUAUUUAAAUGCAAGCUCAUGAAGGCAGUUUGUCAUAAUUUUGAAAACUGCCUAGAGGUGACAGGGUGUUUUUUACAAAUGAUGUACAAUGUAUACCUCAUUUUAGUGUCAUACUUGUGUGCCAACAAGAUCUGUUCUUUGAGUCCCAGACUACAAAAUGCAUACUUAGUUUAAUACUCAUCAUCAAUUUUCCCACCACUCAGUAUUUUGGUGUUUAUUUGCUUUUUUCCCUUCAAAACAUUUAUAGUUCCUAAUUAUGAUUUUUAACUUUGUAUUGGCUGAAGUGCACAGGAUGUCUCAGAUGCCAGCGUUAAAGUAAAUUUUAAAUGCGUUAUCUUUGAUUUUUUUUUCUUUCAAAAGUAAAGCACCUAAAUACCUGAAUUUUGGUAAACCAAGAAGUGGAAAAACCUAACACCUCUAAACUGAUACAAGCGGGUUGCGUGAAAUUAAUGCAAACGCAUGUCAUCAUAGUCUCUCGGGGAGUAUUCUGAACGUUUCCAUUGUUCAUUUGAAUGGCAUUUGACACCUCAUAUGACAUUAUCUAUGGAAACCUGUAUUAGGCGGACAUCCUGUAUUAAGCAAACACUACAGCAUUCCCCAAGGGUGUCCACUUAAUACAGGUUUCACUGUAAGCAGUAAAAAAUUCAUAUUUGCUCAGUCAAAACGUUUUCCACCAAAGCAUAAUCCACCCGUCAGAGGAAACAAUUUAUAAGAACAAGCAGCAUUUUGGCAUGAAGUAAAAGUCGCGCAAUGAAUAAUACUGAUUAAUUGAGUAUUGUUUGUUGUUGUUGUUGUUUUUAAUGUUAUUUUUGCUCUAUUUCUGUUUUUGUUCAUUUCUCAUUAUUUUAAAAAAACUGUCCAUGGACCCGGUCCAAAUGACAGGGGGUCCAUGGACCCGGUCCAUGAAAGUGGCCCAUGGACCCGGUCCAAGGUGGGGGUCCAUGGACCUCUGGUCCAUUUUUGUCCUCACCCGCAUAAUAUACAGUAUUGCAUCUGCUGGUGCAUAACAAACAAACAAAAAACUUAAAGGAAACAGGAUAAGAGAUAGAACUGUUUUGUUAGUUUGAGAUAGCAACAUCAGUUCAUGACAGGCAACUAUACAUCCAGGAAGUUAUUCCUAAAUGUUGCAAUAGAUAAAUUGACGCUGAUCUACAUGUACUCCAAGAACUAUAAAUACUUUCAAUUGCUUUUUAAUUGGUUUGAAAUUUGUUGAGUGCAGUAUGAUAAUGUGGUGAAUUACUUUAUGAAACUAAGGGUGGAUUCAUUUAGAAGAUAUUUAUAUAGCCGUCAGAUUUGCCUGGUACUGGAUCUUCAUUGUGUAUAAGUUUGAAAACAAUUGUUAAAAAUAGCAAAUAUGAUGUCAACAUGUGAUAGUAUUCUUUAAAUGAAUCAAUCCUUAUUGAUUUUGAUGUACAUAAGAAACUGAUGAGAAGGGGCACAUGUGUACUUGCAUUUAAAUAGUCCACCAUAUCAUUGCGCUUGUUUCAGAGAAAACAGCCACUAAUCUCCUGGUAGUACUUUAUAGCCUCGUAGCAGUAGUUUCCUAAACAAAGUGUUUUUUUUUUCCUUUAAUGGUUGCCUCACAAUUUGUUUUUGAAUACUUUCAAGUUAAACCAACAUUAAUAAAUAUAAUAAGAGUUUAAAAAUAUACUUGGUUACAUUUAAAAUCAUGUUGAAGAAUCAGUGUUUUUGGUAUUGUUUGUGCCUAUUGUUAAUUACAGCCAGGAUUAUCGUUACAACAAUCUUUAUGAAGGGUUGUGUCAUAGUCUGACCUCUCAUUUCUUUUGAUUUUAUUUUUUCUAGGUACAUGUUUUGGACAGACUGGGGUGAAGAACCCAAAAUAGAGCAAGCUGAAAUGGACAGCUCAAAUCGCCGGGUUAUUAUCCGAAAAAAUAUUCACUGGCCCAAUGGGCUAACAAUAGACUACAGUGUACGGAAGAUAUACUGGACAGAUGCAAAUUUACAUUAUAUAGACAAGGCCAAUUAUGAUGGCACAAAUCGCGAGAGCAUAUUCAGGUCUUCUAGACAAUGUAUACUGGGACAUCCUUUUGCUCUUACAUUGUACGAAAGAAAAGUCAAAAAUACCUUUACAAUUGUAAAAAUUUAAAGAAAACUUUUCUCCAAUUAAGAUGUUCUAAUGUUUUGCUUCAUUUGAAAUAUAAACUACACCUCUGUAAGCCAGAAAUUGAAUUUAAGAACCUAAUGGGAGCAAAAGCCCUAGCAACCGACCAUCGUGUUUCCGGAAAAGGAAUGUCCUUACAAAUUCUGUUUAUAAUUUCGAGAAAGGUUUUCCAAAUGGCUUUCACUUAAAGAGUUAAAUUCAGGUCGUAAGGAUUCAAGAGGUAAGUUAAUGAACUAUGCACAAUUAAAAAUACAUUAGGCUCUGAGCUUUAGUGAGCAAACAGUAAUCUAUCACCAUUUUGCUCACCCCAUUACUAUAUUUUUGUGUAGCUUUUUGCGAUAUUCUGGUUGGUUGUUAUGUAUUGAAAAGUCUGCUUAUUCAUAAACAUGUAGCUGGAACAUAUUCCAAGAUUCCAGCUUAAGGUAAAAUUCUGAGCCCUUGAGACCCUCUCAUCAUUUACCCUGGAACUUGAACUUACUUUAGUGGCGCUAAUGAGUGACUGCGGACCUGUCAAAAUUCUUAACGCAAGUAAUGGCUUUCCUUUCUGUAGAAAAUCUUUUAAAGUGCAAUAUCCAUUCACAAGUGUUACCAGGUCCCAUAUAGAGAAGACUUUGUUAAUAGUCUUGAACAAUGGAAAAGCCUUACAUUUCAUUUGAUCUUUUCUUAAAUCAGAACUCAAUGAAUGUUUUGUUGAUUAUCCAUGGUUACUUAAGAUUUAUUUACAUUGUCUAAUAACAGAGUGCAAAUUUGCUGCCCUAAAAAGGAAAGAAAAAUGUUUGAUUUGAGAUGAAUUCAGACUCUUGAAUACAGUGUAGUUUGUUUAAGUUUAAAGUUUCAGUGCCGGUUGUUCUUGUCUUUUUUUUUUAUUAUUUAAAUGCAAGCUCAUGAAGGCAGUUUGUCAUAAUUUUGAAAACUGCCUAGAGGUGACAGGGUGUUUUUUACAAAUGAUGUACAAUGUAUACCUCAUUUUAGUGUCAUACUUGUGUGCCAACAAGAUCUGUUCUUUGAGUCCCAGACUACAAAAUGCAUACUUAGUUUAAUACUCAUCAUCAAUUUUCCCACCACUCAGUAUUUUGGUGUUUAUUUGCUUUUUUCCCUUCAAAACAUUUAUAGUUCCUAAUUAUGAUUUUUAACUUUGUAUUGGCUGAAGUGCACAGGAUGUCUCAGAUGCCAGCGUUAAAGUAAAUUUUAAAUGCGUUAUCUUUGAUUUUUUUUUCUUUCAAAAGUAAAGCACCUAAAUACCUGAAUUUUGGUAAACCAAGAAGUGGAAAAACCUAACACCUCUAAACUGAUACAAGCGGGUUGCGUGAAAUUAAUGCAAACGCAUGUCAUCAUAGUCUCUCGGGGAGUAUUCUGAACGUUUCCAUUGUUCAUUUGAAUGGCAUUUGACACCUCAUAUGACAUUAUCUAUGGAAACCUGUAUUAGGCGGACAUCCUGUAUUAAGCAAACACUACAGCAUUCCCCAAGGGUGUCCACUUAAUACAGGUUUCACUGUAAGCAGUAAAAAAUUCAUAUUUGCUCAGUCAAAACGUUUUCCACCAAAGCAUAAUCCACCCGUCAGAGGAAACAAUUUAUAAGAACAAGCAGCAUUUUGGCAUGAAGUAAAAGUCGCGCAAUGAAUAAUACUGAUUAAUUGAGUAUUGUUUGUUGUUGUUGUUGUUUUUAAUGUUAUUUUUGCUCUAUUUCUGUUUUUGUUCAUUUCUCAUUAUUUUAAAAAAACUGUCCAUGGACCCGGUCCAAAUGACAGGGGGUCCAUGGACCCGGUCCAUGAAAGUGGCCCAUGGACCCGGUCCAAGGUGGGGGUCCAUGGACCUCUGGUCCAUUUUUGUCCUCACCCGCAUAAUAUACAGUAUUGCAUCUGCUGGUGCAUAACAAACAAACAAAAAACUUAAAGGAAACAGGAUAAGAGAUAGAACUGUUUUGUUAGUUUGAGAUAGCAACAUCAGUUCAUGACAGGCAACUAUACAUCCAGGAAGUUAUUCCUAAAUGUUGCAAUAGAUAAAUUGACGCUGAUCUACAUGUACUCCAAGAACUAUAAAUACUUUCAAUUGCUUUUUAAUUGGUUUGAAAUUUGUUGAGUGCAGUAUGAUAAUGUGGUGAAUUACUUUAUGAAACUAAGGGUGGAUUCAUUUAGAAGAUAUUUAUAUAGCCGUCAGAUUUGCCUGGUACUGGAUCUUCAUUGUGUAUAAGUUUGAAAACAAUUGUUAAAAAUAGCAAAUAUGAUGUCAACAUGUGAUAGUAUUCUUUAAAUGAAUCAAUCCUUAUUGAUUUUGAUGUACAUAAGAAACUGAUGAGAAGGGGCACAUGUGUACUUGCAUUUAAAUAGUCCACCAUAUCAUUGCGCUUGUUUCAGAGAAAACAGCCACUAAUCUCCUGGUAGUACUUUAUAGCCUCGUAGCAGUAGUUUCCUAAACAAAGUGUUUUUUUUUUCCUUUAAUGGUUGCCUCACAAUUUGUUUUUGAAUACUUUCAAGUUAAACCAACAUUAAUAAAUAUAAUAAGAGUUUAAAAAUAUACUUGGUUACAUUUAAAAUCAUGUUGAAGAAUCAGUGUUUUUGGUAUUGUUUGUGCCUAUUGUUAAUUACAGCCAGGAUUAUCGUUACAACAAUCUUUAUGAAGGGUUGUGUCAUAGUCUGACCUCUCAUUUCUUUUGAUUUUAUUUUUUCUAGGUACAUGUUUUGGACAGACUGGGGUGAAGAACCCAAAAUAGAGCAAGCUGAAAUGGACAGCUCAAAUCGCCGGGUUAUUAUCCGAAAAAAUAUUCACUGGCCCAAUGGGCUAACAAUAGACUACAGUGUACGGAAGAUAUACUGGACAGAUGCAAAUUUACAUUAUAUAGACAAGGCCAAUUAUGAUGGCACAAAUCGCGAGAGCAUAUUCAGGUCUUCUAGACAAUGUAUACUGGGACAUCCUUUUGCUCUUACAUUGUACGAAAAUAAAAUAUAUUGGACAGACUGGAAAACAAGAGGAAUUCACUCGACAAAUAAGAACAAUGGACUGCGGUGUCCAGUUAUUGUACCAAAUACUGUUUCUCCAAUGGACAUUCGUGCCUAUGAACCCAAGAGGCAGAUGCCUAGACCUCGACCUGGUGAGUUCAAUUUCAACUCUUGUUGUCUUGCUCAUUUGUUUUCCUUGAGGUUACUUGUCGAUCAUUAUGCUGAGAGCUGUGUACCAAUGAUCAGUUUAUUACCUUUAUCUCUUUAAUGUGCCUUGUGACACAUACAAAUGUAAGGUCUUAAUGACCGGUUUAUGCUAGUACAUAAUGUACUGUAUGGGUGCCAAAAUGGUUCAAAAAAGCCAUUUCCUAACCUUUCACAUUACAGUGAAACCUGUAUUAAGCGGACACCCUCGGGGAAUGCUGUAGUGUCCGCUUAAUACUGGGUGUCCGCCUAAUACAGGUUUCGAUAUAUAACGUCAUAUGAGGUGUCAAAUGCCAUUCAAAUGAACAGUGGAAGCGUUUAUAAUACUCCCAGAGACUAUGACGAUAGACGUUUGCAUUAAUUUCUUUAUCAAAGUGAACCAAUUGAUCAUAGUACCAUAAACAUGGAUUGCAACUCAAAUUUAAAGAAAUCAGAUGAGUGAAACAAGCUCUAUACAAACAAAACGAAAUAGAAAACAAUCCUGUACUGUGGAACUAAUCAAAUACGUUCGUCAAGUCACGUUUUUUAACGUAAAAAUCGAAAAAUUUGUGGGUGGCAAUUCGAGGCAAUCUUUCGCAUUUCCCGGUGUCUGGCAUGUUGGGUGGUGGAAUUUAAUUACAAGUGUCCGUUUAAUACAGGUUGGCAACAAUAGAAAUGGCCUUUUUUAGGUACUUUUUAGGUGUCCGCGUCCGCUUAAUAGAGGUGUCCGCUUAAUAAAGGUUUCAUUUAAAGUAAAUAAGGGAAAUAAAUUUGGGGACUUCGGCUACUGUCCGCUUAAUAGAGGGUGUCCGCUUAAUACAGGUUUCACUGUAUUUGCUAUCUUUGAGCAAGGUAAACUUGAAUUCCAAAAAAAAUGGUCCAAUUUUUUUAUUUAAGACCAUGCAACAGUUAGCUAAGGUUGACAUUAGUAGUAUUACUGUUUUUAAGUCUGUUGUGAACACAAAGCCAGUGGUCAGAAAUCUGGUGUCCUGGUUUGAUCAUCAGCUUGGUAUACAGUCUACUCAUAUUAGCAAGCUCUGUAGCUCAGCCUUCUGUCAUCUACACAACGAGUCAUCAGUCAUAUUCGCAAGUUCCUAAGCCCCCAGGAAACUGCAUGCAUUCGUCACUUCUCGCGUUGACUACUAUAAUAGCCUUUUGUAUGGUCUACCUGUACCUGCCUUGCAGUUUAACAAGGUUUAGCCUGUUUUAAACACUGCAGCAAGGCUUGUUUGGUGUGCUUCCGCCAUAUUACACCAUUGAUGUAUGAGCUACAUUGGCUUCCGUUAUAGCAGUGCAUUCAUUUUAAGACUUUGUUAUUUGCAUUCAAGGCUAUCCAUGGCAUAGCCCCUACAUGCAUUUACAACUUAGUUUCACUGAAAUCACAAGGCACAUAUUACCUCAGAUUGUCUGGUGGGAUUUUGCUACCACUGCCAACAUUUAGAACUAAGGUCACAUUAGGCGAUAGGUUCUUCCAGGUGAUGGCGCCCAGCUUAUGGAAUGCACUACCACGCGAGCUUUGCGACAUUCCAUACUUACAUACUUUUAAACACCAUCUCAAGAUGUACCUUUUUAAGUUCGUUUAUAGUGAAAUGAAUUUUAAUUAGUUAUACUUAACAAUUAUUCUUUGAAAUCGAGGUGAACAGUGGUCAAAUAUUUACCGAGCCGCGAAAGCGGCGAGGUAAAUAUUCCCACAGCCACUAUUCACCGAGAUUGAAAAGAAUAAUUGUUUUAGUAUAUACACACGAAGUGAUCUCAACAAAAUCAGAGAGGAAACCAUUAAAAAGUACGAUUUGAUUGACAGAUCAAAUCACGCGUAAGUUUAAAAAUAGAUUUUUGUAGAAUUUUCAAACAUGGCAAUUCACAAGUUUAUUAUUUCGCAAACAACAGUGUAAUGGCUUAAAAGGAACCGCUAAAAGUUUGAACUGUUUCUUUGCCUGAGAAGAAAAGUAGAGCUUUGUUGUUUUCUGUUGACACGCCAAGUUUAUAGCCAAAAGGGUUUGUUCUGUCCUUCUUCGCAUGAAGUGCUGACAAAAAGGCGGCUCUGUUGCUCGAGGUAAGACGUCGUCUUCCUGUAUCAUUCUUUUUCCUGUUUACUUGAAACGUAGAAUUUCUGCAAACAUUUUCUUUUAAAUUUGUUCGUCAUAAAUAAACUUCGAUUUUUGAGCCAAAAUUUUCUUGUUAGAAAACGCUGAGUUCACGAAACAGAUUCUUCUACGCGAAUACACGGGAGUUGUAAACAAUGCAUCGAGCACAAAAGUCAGCUACAGUAAAUUGAAAAACGCCGUAUUGAAUCCNGUAUAUACACACGAAGUGAUCUCAACAAAAUCAGAGAGGAAACCAUUAAAAAGUACGAUUUGAUUGACAGAUCAAAUCACGCGUAAGUUUAAAAAUAGAUUUUUGUAGAAUUUUCAAACAUGGCAAUUCACAAGUUUAUUAUUUCGCAAACAACAGUGUAAUGGCUUAAAAGGAACCGCUAAAAGUUUGAACUGUUUCUUUGCCUGAGAAGAAAAGUAGAGCUUUGUUGUUUUCUGUUGACACGCCAAGUUUAUAGCCAAAAGGGUUUGUUCUGUCCUUCUUCGCAUGAAGUGCUGACAAAAAGGCGGCUCUGUUGCUCGAGGUAAGACGUCGUCUUCCUGUAUCAUUCUUUUUCCUGUUUACUUGAAACGUAGAAUUUCUGCAAACAUUUUCUUUUAAAUUUGUUCGUCAUAAAUAAACUUCGAUUUUUGAGCCAAAAUUUUCUUGUUAGAAAACGCUGAGUUCACGAAACAGAUUCUUCUACGCGAAUACACGGGAGUUGUAAACAAUGCAUCGAGCACAAAAGUCAGCUACAGUAAAUUGAAAAACGCCGUAUUGAAUCCUUCCAAGUCUUUUCUUGCCUUAAAAAAAAAUCAGCCCCAGGAUUUUGUCGACUUUAAAAGAUCGUUCUCUAAAAAAAUGGGAAAAACACCGAGCUCACACAUUAUCCACUCGCUAGGAGGUGAAUAUUGUUGAAUAGUCCGAGAUAACGAACCAAUCAGAUUGCUUAAAUCACCAAGAUCACUGAGUGUGUAUAUACUAAUUAUUGAUAUUUUAGAUUUUUUUGUAGUAUUGUAGAUAUAUAUUAAUUUUUUUUUUCAUAUUGCAAAUAGGUUUUUUUAAUGCUUUUAUUGCCAAUGUAAUGCGCAUUUGAUCAUUUUUAUAAAUACUCGUACAAUAUAUGUGAUUAAAUUAUUAUUAUUAUUAUUAUUAUUAUUAUUAAUGUGGCUAAAUGCAAUUUAGGGAAGGUUAAUCUCGAGCUAAUGGUGCCAGCGGUCUCGCCCAGUUUGCACAUGAUCUGUCGAGGCGCCCCUUUGGAGUUUGCAGGGGCAAACUACGUACAGCCUUGCUUUCUAGCGAUCGUUGCGAUCAAUACUUUUGUGGGCGAAUCUUUGCGGGUUCAUUAGCAUUUUUCAUUAGCAUUUUUCCAUCAUGCCUCCUUCAACUCAAAACAGUCAAGCGACGCCACUCGUCGAGGUUGAAUCCGAUGGUAAUCGUCCGUCUUCGUGCGAUGUUGUCGGUGUGUCUGCGAGCAAUGCUUCGCCCCCUGGGGAUGCCAAUGCUUCUUAACCGUUUCUGGCUACGGUUUUGCAAGCUGUUAAGGCUGCUCUGGCAGCAGAACAGGCUUCGGUACCUUGCCCAGCUUCUACGGCCCUGCCAAACCAAGGCCAAUCUUCGUCGGCCGCUAUCCCGUCUAGUGCGAUGGCCUUUGGGAGCGUUCCCUCGCUGCUAUCUUCGCAAGCCACCGCUUUUGCUGCUUCUGGAGCGGUUUUUGCUGCACAUUCCACUUCCGCAGGAACUUCUGCUGCACAAGGUAGGCCAGCUUUUGUUCUUCCUACUUUUGUGUCGACCUUUUUGCCCCCGAACCCGCUCGCAUUCACUGUCCAUUGCCAACAUGGCGACCACGUCGUCCCUGGAAAGCAUUUCAUCUGCUGUCACGUUCUCCCAGGCCAACAUUUCGUCAGCGACUUCGUUCUCCGUGCUGAACCAGCCCUUCAUUGUCGGUCCUGGCUUCUCCCCCGUUCCUGCGAAAGUAGUCGGCCAAGUGAUGGCGGGGAAGUUCAUUGACUUGGGCGAUCUGCUCCCGUCGACUGUUGCGUCCGCCGAAUCCGAGCCCCAGCUGCUGUUUGACGGUCGUGUUGUGCUGACCCCUACUCCGAAGAAGCCUAAACGCCGCGUUGAAGACAUCACCACUUAGAUGGAGGCUUUUUUAGUCUAUUGCCUUAUAAUGAUCUCCCUCUUCCCGCACCGCUCACGAGACCUAUUGCAGUAUAAACUACUCGUCCUGAGGACAUACCGUCAGUUUAGCGGGAAGGUUUGGCUGGCCUAUGACAGAGCGUUCCGGGAGCAUGCUGCAGCUGCUAAUGUCGUUGACUGGUCGUCCAUAAACGUCCAGCUAUUCACCUUCCAUGCUGCGGGAGCCUCCGCUCGUGGACCCCAUAUCUCCUCGACUGACUCAUCAGAACAAGCUGGAGCAAGUGCCUCUCAGAUUCUGUGCAAGUCAUGGAACAAAGGUAGUUGUGUGGCCCCAUAUGCCUCAUGUCGUUUUGCCCACCGCUGUUCCAGCUGCUCUGGUGCACAUCGUGCUGUCAACUGCCUAGGGUCAGAGCCAGCCCAGCCCCCAGUCCAGCCGCCGCUCGCGAUCCCCGCCCCGUUCCUCCAGGAAGUCUCGGCGAACUUGAACUCUCCUUUUUUAGACUUAGUGUUUGCUGUCUGUUGCUAGUUGGUAGUUUCUAUCUUUAAUAACAUAAAAAGAAUAAACAGUUCUUUUAUGAUAUGCUAUUGUAUGAUAUUGUCUGUUUCCUUUUCAUAGUGCCACUUCCCCCGGUGUCGGAAAUAACUCCGCUCAAGGUGGAGCAGUUUGCCUAGGAAUUGCGACAUCAUCCGAAUCGGCAGCUAUGUAACUUUGUAUUGGAUGGACUGCUGAACGGUUUCAAGCUCGGUUUUCAGCCUGCGCUUUCACUAAAAUCAGCUGAGAAAAACAAACCCUCAACCUACCAGCGGCCCUCAGUCAUUGAUGAGUACUUGGCCCAUGAGGUUUCCCGGGAUAGGGUUGCGGGCCCUUUCAGAUCUUCUCCCCUUCCCAACCUUCAUAUAAGUAGCUUUGGGGUUAUUCCCAAAAGGGUCAGCCUGGGAGUGGCGUUUGAUAGUGGACCUCUCAUCCCCAGGUGGUGCAGGCGUCAAUGAUGGGAUCAACGCCCAUGAGUUUACCUUGCAUUACAUGACAGUUGACCAAAUCAUCCGCAUGGUGUCCCGACUCGGCAGAGGGGCACUUAUGGCUAGGUUCGAUAUCGAGGCAGCCUACCGUAAUAUUCCAGUCCACCCAUCAGACCGGUUACUCUUAGGAAUGAAGUGGCGGGAGUCCUACUAUGUUGACUUGACUCUUCCAUUUGGCCUUCGCUCUGCCCCUUACAUUAAGUUGAGUCACCGCCUAUACCAACUCACCUAGGACCACGAUUUCUAUGAGGUCUCCGAUUUACUCCAUUGUCUCGAUAAUUUUAUCACAGCUGGCCCCCCGGCUUCAACUCAGUGUGCUAGGAACCUCAGUGCUGCUUGGCUGUUUGCGACCAGUUGGGCUUACCUCUUCAUCCUGGAAAAUGUGUUGGCCCUGCCCCAGUACUUACAGUUCCGGGCAUUGAACUGGAUUCUGUCAAUCAAGUGGCCCGCCUUCCAGCGGAGAAACUCCAUGCCCUGCGGGAGUUGAUUGCAUCAUGGUUAGCCCGGUCUUAGUGCAACAGGACGGGAGCUAGAGUCCCUAAUUGGUCACCUCCAUCAUGCUGCGAAAGUGGUAUGGCCUGGUCGCACCUUCUUACGUCGGAUGAUUGACCUACUCUGCUGCUUCUGCAAGAAGGAUCACCCUAUCCGCCUUAAUAAGGAGUUCUAUCGCGAUUUGCAGUGGUGGCAUCAGUUCCUCGUAGAUUGGCAUGGGGUCAAUUUCUGGCUUUUUCUAGGCAAUAUGCCUACUGGAGGUUUGGACGUUUCCUCUGAUUCAGCUGGUUCACUGGGCUUUGGUGCGUAUUUAGAGGGCAUGUGGUUUACUGGUUCUUGGAUGUCCUCACAGCGAGAACAGUCCAUUGGUUAUAAGGAACUCUUGCCAGUGAUCGUCUCUGCUCAUGUUUGGGGCCAUCAUUGGUGCAGGCGGCAUGUUCUGUUUCGAUCGGACAACGACAGUGUGGCGCACAUUCUGAAUGCUAGGACAUCUAAAGUGCCAUGUCUUAUGCAUUUGCUCCGUUCCUUGCUACUGGCAGCUGCCCGUCAUAGUUUUUCGUUCUCUGCCCAACAUAUUCCUGGAGUCACUAAUUCGAUACCUGAUGCCCUUUCUCGCUUUCAUUGCCAGGACUUUGGCCGUUUGGCUCCGGAGGCUCAUCGUCACCCAACUCCCAUUCCACCGCAGCUGUUGGAGGACCUCAUCUCCCCACUUUAGAAGCACAGUGGUCUUCCUAUUUGGCACAGGGUCUAGCAGCAUCUGACCGCAAGUCAUAUGCUACAGCUCAGUCCCAGUUCUUGUCCCUCUGCCGUCAGUUAGGCAGGAUCCACUCGUCUAGGUCUCCCUGCCCGGCAGAUGAAUGGACGCUCUGCUUGUUUGCUACGUUUUUGGCCGGUUCUCUUUAGCACUCUUCCAUCAAAGUGUAUCUCUCUGGGGUGAGAGAUCUUCAUGUCGAACAAGGUUUUACGGAUCCUCUUCACAACUGUCUUCGGUUGCAGCGUGUCAUUCGUGGCAUCAAACGCACUCAGGGCUCCCAUUCAUCUAGUCGUUUGCCAAUUACAGAUGACCUCAUGCUAGUCAUUUGGAAGUCCUUAAAUUUGCAGCUCCCUGAUCAUUGUAUGUUUUGGGCGGCAUGCACGCCGGGGUAUUUUGGGUUUCUAUGGUCCGCGGAAUUCACGGUCCCUUCUUUGGCAAGUUUCUCCCCCUCGGUUCAUUUGGGCGUGCAGGAUAUCGCAGGGGACUCCAGCAGAGCUCCCUCGUGCAUCCGCGUGACUAUCAAGGCUUCAAAGACGGAUCCGUUCCGCAAGGGCUGCUCCAUUCAUAUUGGCCUUGGCAAGUAUCCCCUAUGCGCUGUUCACGCGUUACUGGCCUAUUGGCUAUCCGGGGUGAUGGGCUGGGCCCUCUGUUUCUUUGUCAAAACGGGAAAACCUCUCUCGCGUACUCUACUCACCAACUGGCUUCGGCAAAUCAUGGCCUCUGCUGGAAUUCCUGGUAAUUUUCCAAGCCACAGCUUCCGAAUAGGCGCAGCCACCGUUGCUGGCCGCAAUGGUAUUCCAGAUAAUUUAAUUCAGGAGCUGGGGCGGUGGAAAAGCGAUGCCUUUCAGUCUUACGUCAGAACUCCGUCUGCGGCCUUAGCAUCUCUUUUUCAGAAGCUGGCGUGAUUGGCCUUUGCUUGCCAAGGUGGUCUUCGUAGCUCAUCAUCGCCGGCCGGUGUCUCCCUCAGCAUAGCGCUACUCCCUUCGCUACCAGGUAGGCUUGUUUUUUGUUUGGUUCUCCCCUAAUAGCAUCAAGCUAUCUGUUAUUGGGCUUAGCGGUGCUGGGAUUCUCUUGAGAAGGUUCAGAGGUUCCAUGUUGCCCGACCAUCGGGAACCUCCGGUCCCCAAGCCGCGGAGAAGAUGGGUGGUUCUCGCUUGCCGGGUUGCCAUGGAGACCUCCCUGUGGUGCCUGAAUUAUCUCGGGCCCUUCCCCGCUAACUUUUAAGGCACCAGUGCCCAAGCUCAUCAAUUGGCGAUGAGUUUAAAUGUGGCUAAAUGUAAUUUAGGCAAGGUUAAUCUCGAGCUAAUGCUGCCAGCGGUCUCGCCCAGUUUGCACGUGAUCUGUGGGGGCGCCCCUUUGGCGUUCGCAGGGGGCAAACUACGUACAGCUUUGCUUUCUAGCGAUCGUUGCGAUCAAUGCUUUUGUGAGCGAAUCUUUGCGGAUUCAUUAGCCCUACCCUCCCUUCCCAGUGGGCUACUUGAUUUCAGAGGUAAGUCUCGGGUUAGGUAAGUAUUUCCACUGGACUAGUUUCAGUGUGACGGUGCCUGUUAGCAGCUGCUACUGGGGUGUUCCCGCUUGCCGGGUUGCCAUGGAGACCCCCCUGCGGUGCCUGAAUUACCUCGGACCCAUUCCCGCUAACUUUUAAGGCACCAGUUCCCAAGUUCAUCAAUUGGCGAUGAGUUUAAUUAUUAUUAUUAUUAUUUAGGCAUUUGUUUCCGGUUGUCUGUGACAACGAAACUAAAACAUUAGAGUGGACUUGGAUUGAACUUGAAAAAGCUGGGCUAGUGUUUUCACGUUUUAAUUCUUUGCCUUCAAAAAUAAAAAAAAAGGUAUUAUGGUGAUUUCGGCACAGAAUUGACUUAAAACGGUCAUACUCUCGUAACAUACAUGUAGCCUCUUAAUUUAACCAGAAAACCAAUUUCAGAUUGUUUGGCAGAUGAGACUAGAUGUCCGAAAAUUUGCAAACAUAUAUUGACAAUGAUAAUUUUAUGGAAAAAAUUGAUGGACUGCAAGGGUUGUGGUCCAGGUACAUUUUCCAUUGAUACGUAGAUUUUAUUUUGUUAUUCAAACCGCCAUAAAGUCGCACUGUUAGGAGUGGAAGACCUCCCCCUACUCUCAUCUCUGAGUAUGAGUGUAUGAGCAGGACUUGAGCUUUGGGCCUCCGAAUUACAACUCCAGAGCUCUAACCACUCAUCCACGGAUUCAUAAAGGCUUGGAAUUUUACCAUUUUGAGAUAACUACUCUGCCUACUUAUUACAGGUGAUAACCCAUGCAAUUCAAGUACCAAUGGAGGAUGCAGCCAUUUAUGUUUAUUGAAUGCACGUGGUCAUUCAUGUGCCUGCCCAACUGGGGUAAAGCUUCUUCAAGAUGCCAGAACAUGUGAGCAAGGUAAGAAUUGUUUCAAGCUAGCCAAUCAUUUGGAUAUUGCAGCUUGUUUGGUUAUCACAUUACGACUACCGCUUGAAAUGCAGGUACAUUUUUCAGGUGAGGAAGCACUUACUUGUAGUAUCCUACAGGUAAUCACCCUCCCGAUUUUCAAAGAAGUUGAAGAAGAGAACUCUAACUGUUCUAUUCCCUGCCUACUAAUUACGUAUACGCAGCAACCUGAAAACUUAGUGAUAACCCUGAUUUGCUCUAAGAGCACAACUUUGCAGUUAGUUUUUUUCUUUUGUUACAAUAUAAAGUGCUCCAGUUUUUUUGUUUGCUGCUACUGUCAACUAAAACCACACCUCUGAAGAUGAAGGAAAAACUCACAAAUUUCUGUUUUAAUAGGUGAAAGGCUUUCUACAUGAACUUCCAUUACUUCAUUUAGAUUCAUUUUGUUACAGGUCCUGUACACUUCCUAUUAUUGGCACGUAAAGUGGAUAUACGACGUAUUUCACUUGACACACCUGACCUCACUGAUGUUGUUGUGCCAGUUUCUGGUCUGCGACAUGCAGUUGCCAUUGAUUUUGAUCCAGUGGAUAAAUUUGUCUAUUGGAGCGAUGACGAAAAGCUUGAAAUUAAGAAAUCCAAAAUGAAUGGAACAGGUAUUCUUCACAUUACUUUGUCAUUGUGUGGUCUUUUAUAUAUAAUACGUAUUUCGUCACAGAUCAAACUUGAUGAAAAGAUUCCAGUACAACAUGAUUUUGUAGUAGUAUACAAUGUGAGUGGUUCAGUGCUCCAAGGUGUCACCUUUUUGGUUGCCAUGACAAGUUGAAAAAGUUUGAGUGACUAAAACUGCAACAAAGGUUGCCAAUUUGGCAACCGGGGUUUGAAGUCAUGAGCGAUUGCCUUUUAAUAAAUAAUAAUAAUAAAUAUGAAACUUAUUUUGUGCAUAUACAGUAAAAAUAGUUUCAUAUGUGCAUUACAAACAAUAAGAUAAGAAUAAGUCAAUUAAAAGCAGUCUUAAAAAAUAUAUGUAUAAAUAAGUCAAUUAACAGCUGUCUUUGAAUGUUUCUGUUCUCCGAUCCCAAACUGUUCCACAGUUUAGGAGCUGCCGAAUGAAAGGCUCAGUCACCAAGUGUAGGUGCAUGGCACCGUGCGUUGACUGGUACCAACAAAGUCGCAUUCCUACAUGUGUAAUCUUUUUAAAGGUAGGGAUUGGUCAAAUCAUAUGGGGUUUUACUCUCAAAAGGUUAAAUCAUGGUAAAAAAAAUGAAAAUAAAAAUAAUGAUAAUAAUAAUGAAAGAAAAAUAAAAAAACAAUAUGAAUGCAAUAUAAUCAUUUCAAAUGUAAGUAUUAUAAUGUACUCAGAGAGUAGUCAGGUGAAGACUGUGAGACAGUGAUUAAUCAUACUCCUUUGUUUACCUCUUCCUAGAUGUUCAGGUAAUAGUGAACGCUGAUGUCAGACAUCCUGAUGGUCUUGCCGUUGACUGGGUGGCACGAAACUUAUACUGGACUGACACAGGUACAGAUCGAAUUGAAGUCAGCAGGCUUAAUGGAUCAUCAAGAAAAGUCCUUAUCUCUAAAGACCUAGAUGAACCAAGGGCAAUAACACUGUACCCUUCUCAUGGGUGAGUUUUGUCAGUCUUACCCUAACUAGGAUGAUGGUACUGUAAAGGUAAAUAAAAUUCAGAAUUAUGAGGGGAGCACUUCUUAAAUUUGGGUGCCCAAUUCUUUACCAAGGGAGUCAAAAUGUGAUAGUGGGUGGUCUGAAUAAUUAUCUGUAAUUAUAAUAUAUACUACUUAUUAAUGACCGAACAGACAGGGUGAAUAAGUUAUUUACUAUAUGGCCUGUUUAGAGCUGUUUUUUGAAAUGAAUACAAUAAAAAACACCGCAACUAAUUUUCAACGUCAACGCAUAAGAGUUUAUUUAUUUCAAGGUCAUGUUCACUGACCUGAAAUGAACCUGGUAAUAUGAUUGAAAUUACAGGACACAGUUUCUUUGACAAUGAGAAUUUUGGACCUGAGCCUGCCAUCAAUUAACAACCAAUAACUGAUCAGCAGAUAACUUUAAAAGAGUAUCACCUGAAUGAGUCUUACACUUGAGCUUACAAUACAGUCAUGUGACAGCAGAUAGCCUUUUUUGACAGCUGUCAAUUAACCAUAAUAUGGAUGUCCACUAUCAAGUUUUGUGUUUAAAAACACAGAUUGUAUAUGCCUUGGACACCUAAGCUACAUGCAGUUAUACCCAGUCAUUACAAGAAAAUCUUGGCUUAGCAGCCAAUUAAAACGCAUAUUGUAGCAUAUUUUAUUUUACUGUACAUGUAGGUAUACUAUUGUAGCCGCGUAUAAUAAAUACAUGUAAUUUAUAAGGGUUCAGGCAGCAUCAACCAAGGUCACUUCCCUAGAAAACAAAAGGAAAGUAGAACCAAAAAAAGAACUUUCCAGCUGUUCAAUUUCAGCUUUCUAAUUGGAUACACCUGGCAACUUAAAAUCUUAGUGGCGGCCACGCAAUUUGAUCUGCCAUGCUCUAAUUUCGACGCCUACCGUUGAAGCAUACUGUUUAUGAACGUUUGUGUUUUUUUUAAGGUAGGAAAGAAAAUCUAUACAUCUUCUUGUACUGAGAAUUGUUUCUUUUUUAGCCACAUGUACUGGACUGAUUGGGGAAAACAUCCAAAGAUUGAACGAGCAGAACUGGAUGGUAGUCAUCGUAUUACUUUGGUGAACACAUCGGUUGCUUGGCCUAAUGGCAUUACCAUUGAUUUCCACGAGCAAAAACUCUACUGGGUUGAUGCCAAGUUGGACAAAAUUGAAAUCAUGAAUCUUGAUGGAAGUAAUCGUAGGGUAAUUCUUGAUCAUAAUCUACCACAUGUGUUUGGACUUACUGUGUUAGGAGGUCGGUUGUUUUGGACAGACUGGCAAAGACGUGCCAUUGAGAGUGUCAACAAAAAGACUGGCGACAAUAGAAAGGUGAUCAUUGACAGUAUCCUUGAUUUGAUGGGAUUGAAGGCUGUCAAUCUUAGCCUCUCUCAUGGUAAG